AUGCAUACGGGUCCGUUGAUUAUGGAGAAUGAGGAGACGCGCAAGCCCUACCAAUCAUUCAACGGCACCAUGGACGCUCCCGGCGACACGCAGGUGGAUCCUGAGAUCUAUAAGAUGCUUACCAGCGGUAUAUACCCCAGCAACAGCACGCUCGGUGCUGCCUUUGAGCCAGUGGUACCUUAUGCAGAACAUGGGAGCUCGGAAUCAGCGGACAACUACAUUGCAGCAUCAAGCCAAGAACCGCCCCGCGAUCGCAUCACCAGUCCGGUGACGAUAAACGACGACCAAGACACGCAAAACCGCGCCCACUACGCAGAGACUAGUCCUCUCAAGCUCCUCGAGACUCCGGCAGCUUAUACAGGCAGGAAGCGGGACAGUCAGGGCCAGGUGCUGAGCUCGGUGGGCAGAACAAACACUACUCCAGGGACUGUUUUGUCGGCAUCCGCCUUCUUCAGCUUCCGUGGCGAUGAAUAUGCCAAUGGCAUGUCCCUUACCCAGGCUUUCAAUGCUACGCAAGCAAAGACAUCACCCGCCGUCGGCAACCCGAACGACGAUGUUGUCUUCCAGAGACCCUCACCGAAUUUUACACAUGCGCGUCAUUCAAGCGCCGAUGCGAUGUUGUCCAGUCCAAUCAAGCCGCAAAAUCGAAAGGAACCAGUGGGUGAUAUAGUCUUGAGGUCCUCCAGUGAACCGCGGGCCGAUUACGAAUCGAUGAAGCAUUCGCAAGAGCGACGAAGCCGGGAGCGAGCAAGCGAAGAGAAGGACAUUGAAGAGCAACAGGACAGUUGGGAACAACCCACAGGCGUGGGAAAGCAUUACGCUAGGCGAAAAGCGAAGGAGCGUUUCGAGCAAGAAGCCGCCAAAUCGCUCGCAGGUGUGUCUGCUCCAACGUCUUCAGCGCGUCUGCCCAAGAAGCGGGGCUUGCUUUCCAUGAGGGCGACUACGACUUCCCCCAGAAAGCCCACAAGAACCGAACUCACUGUCUAUCACGGUCCUUACGAUGGUGCAGGUGCUGAUGCCCCGUACGAACUAUCGCAACAUCUAACAAGAAACGAUGAUACCGGUCAUUCACCUGACGAGCUACCUCAAGAUCUUUUCACCCACCGCUCCGCACCGGCCAUUGCAAUGCAGGUGGUUGGGGCCGAACAACGUGUUCAAGUACCCCAUACCUCUUCACACCCGGUUCAUACUUACUCUGCACCUUCUUCGCACAACCUUUCUCAACCAAACCUUUCACCAUCACAACCACAACCAGAGUCGCAAAUUCGAGCCUCAGCGUCUCAACCUGCGCCAAAGAGUCUCUCGAGGCUUCGUAGUAGCCGAGAAACGGAAGUCGUUAUGGACUCCCAGCCCGAGCCGGCAGCUACCUUUCGUGCUUCACAACCUGCCCCACUGCGGUAUCCUUCUUCACCGUCAACCAAUGCAUACAGUAUUAAUCAAACAACAAUGCUACCCAAAUCGGCACUCAUCAGCUCACCUAUCUCGUCGGCAAUUCCUAUGCCACCCAAAUUCAGCUCACAAGAGCUUGGCGUGACUAUUGACAAGGAGGACACGGGCGAUGUUGUCGAAGAGGGCGUUCCGAGCAGUCCACCUCUGAUUGUACGUGCUGACGGCGAUGACGACAUCACCUAUGAUGAGCACGCAUACGAAGAUGAUUCAAACGAUGGAUGCAGGGAGCGAGACGGCCAAUCAGGUGCAGACGAUGCAGAAAUGGAAGAGGCUGACGAGGGAGACGACUUACCUACACCAGAAGAUGAGCCUAGCGAAUAUGCAUUAUCAGACUCUGAGGACGAACCAGAAAAUAGGGAGCGCGUCGACGACGAUGAAGUGCCUGAGACUAUCGAACAAGAGCAUGGUCAGGACGCCUUGGUCGGCUCGGGUCAUCCUCCGGAUGGCAAAGAAGAGAGCACGAACACACCGAUGGCUCCGCCGCGCACACAUCGCCAGUCAACAGUCCCCGAGACUGAUAUGCUUGAAGAGACACAACCUUCGUUAAUUCCUGAAGCUGCAGAUGCCACGCAGCUCGAUACUACAGCAGCGGCUACCGAGAAUGUUUCUACGGGGAUCUUGGACAAUGAUCAGAAUGAGCAGAUCGAUCACGGCCAAAGCAACAGCAACGAGCGCUUCGAUACUGCGAAGGAGCAUCAGUCGACGUCGCAGGUUGCCAAUGAAGUCAGCAGCGCUAUAGAAGAGACCGUGGCCGCACCUUCUCCGGCACGUUUCAAGGGUCGUUCAUUGCUUGACAUUGCAAACGAAUCGGGCACACAACAAUCGGUCGACUUUGAUGGACUUGAUCUACCGCAAUUGAGCUUUGAUGGGGAUCCAGAGGAUGCGUUAGAUGCAAUGAUAGCUCGAGAUUCGCCGUACCACACACAGAAGAAACGUCGAACGACUUAUAGUACGAAGAAAGCCUUCCGGAGCCCGAUCAAAGACACGGACCCUGUGUCAGAUCAGCUAAGUAGCUCACCACAACCACGGGCAUCCCACGCACCUGGCUGGUCGCCCCCGACGACCCAGGACCGUGAAGCACAAGGAGCGCAAGCUGCAGCGCGUGCUCGGAAGGAAGCUGGCAUACAGUCAGCGACGUUGAAGUCUAAGACUCGCUUCAAGCCAAAUCAGCCUCAAACCCCUCGUAAGGGUGCUUUGAAGACAGUCAACAAAACAUUGUUGUCUAAAUCGCCGGGGCAAACGCCACCAAAAGCGUUGCCAAAAGACCGAACAGCUGAGCAUGCGACACCGACUCGAUCUUUGGAAGCUCGCAGUGCUGACGUGGAGAUGGGUGAUAUAGAUCAUCUCGAUGCCGAGGACGAGCCUGUGCAAGACGCCAACAUCGCCAGCAUUGAGCAUGUAGAUGUGUCCACAGCUGAUGAUUUUGUCGAAGAUCCGUCUGGAGAGCGCAAUAUGCCUAACCGCAUUUUCGCAUUCUGGCCCAAAAUUGGUUAUUGUCCUGCCACAUGCAUUGGCCGUGUGGACUCGCAUCGUCUUCGUGUCCGCUACGAUGAUGGCACGAUCAAUGUCUUGGAACAUAUGCAAAUUCGUGCCCUUGACUUGCACCCGGCGGACCAGAUAAAGAUCGAUAUCCCUGGAAAAAAGAAAUCCGCAUACGUGGUUGUAGGUUUCAAAAACAAGGUCGAUCCACAAGACCCUACAUUGGAGUAUCCAGCGACCAACCGUCAUGGUCAUGCAACGGUUGUUUUAGAAGAGAAGCAGCGCGACAGUCUUCCUGCGCAUGCACAGGCGCGAGCAAGGGACCACAUUGACGUCCCGAUAGCUAAUAUCUACCUUACGACACAAUUGUGGGCUCGAUUGAGGGAUAGAACAUUCGAGUAUGAUAAAGCAGCCAGUCCUGCUGCUCCAGCGUCGCGCGUCGGAACGCCUCGGACUGUUGAGUCGGCCAUCCCAAUGUCAACAUCGCUUCGAAGGAGCGCUGCUGGACCUUCUUUCCUUCGCGACUCGGCUGCCCGCGCAUCUUCGGUUGCUUCCUCAGCACGCUCAAGCGGCAACGUCUUCCUGAAUAUGGCAUUUGCUGUAACGUCUACGAGUACGACAGUCAACAAGGAUGAUAUUAGCAAGCUCAUCACGUCUAGUGGCGGAUUGGUCGUUGAUGAAGGCUUCCACGAGCUAUUUGAUAGAGACUCAUAUGACGCACCAAUGUCCUCGGCUGGUUCACAAAACGCACCAUCUGCAUCAAUGCAUGGACUGAAGCUGAAGAGUAAGAAUGAGGAUUUGCGCUUCGUGGCGCUUAUUGCACAGUCACAUUCGCGCAGCCCAAAGUUCCUCCAAGCGCUUUCUCUGAAUAUUCCCUGCUUACACCUCCGCUGGAUUCACGACUCUCUAGCGGUAGGCUGUGCCUUACCAUUCGCGAAAUACCUUCUUCCUGCCGGCACCUCAACGUUCCUGGAUCCUGUAGGUGUCGUCCGCUCUCGCAACUUGCCAACAUAUGACCCAACCGCCGAAGACACUACCUUCGCGCAGAUGGUAAAGGAUCGUGAGCUACUCUUCCGCAAUGAGUCUGUUCUCAUUGUCAGCGAAGAGAAUGAACAGGAACCGUACAUCUUCCUUACACAUGCCAUGGGCGCCACUGAGGUGUGCCUGUGCAGCGACCUCGAGGAAGCAAAAGAAUCUGUGGAUACCGGAGCCUGGGACUGGGUGUAUGUGGACGGCAAACCUGAUGCGCUCGCUGACGCAGCAGCCCAGAUCUUCGGCAUUGGGGCGGGCAAGACAGCGGGCAAGAAGGCUACCAAGAAGCGCAAGAGGGACAGCGAAUCUGCGAAGGCACCGUGGACGGGGAACGCUCGUACGCACGGGAUUUGCCGGCGAGAAGAAGGUCAAGGUGGCGUGUGGUGA